AGGCCAACUCAACUCCCUCCCUACCCCUCGACCUACACAUUCUAAACAUUCUUGUCUCCCAGAGUGUGAAUAUCAGAUGCACUUCGUCCAACAAUGGGUGCGGUCGUAUUGGAAAAAGGAUGGGGGCGCUUGAUACCGACUUGCAUUCACAUUCAAUUUGAAGACAAGGUCCCAUGUUGAGUUGUCACCCUUCAGGGGAUGCCGGAGGCUUCCCACUCGUCACCAGCCAUCUACUAUCCACCGAAGCACGCCCUCUAACCGAAUGUCACACCGCUCUGGUGGCUGGAACUGGUGGGAUUUCGGCUUCCGCGCGCGUGGGUACUGGCAUAUUGUUUGAGAGAAUCUGGCACGAUUCUGUUACACAACUAUCAAUUCUCGCAACCACCGGAACGGUCAUGUAUUCCAUCUUCGUGGUGCAUGUAUUGCUCGUCUCUCUCUUGGGAUGCGCUGCCUUGUCGCUGCAGUCCCGUGAGAUCCCGAUCCAUGACACUAUGAGCCCAGACUUGAAAACCCUUCUCCAGCCAGCAGGAGUCUCUUUUGGUCAAGCGUCUUGGGAAGGAACCGCCCCAUGGUGCAAAGGAGAGUGCAGCGCUGGAGAUCUGCAGGUUGCGGUUCUAUCCGGGGAAAAUUCCAAUUGGAUUGCUACCCAGUCCAAUUUUGGAUCAACCUGCUUCAUUGGAGAUAAAGUGUUGUGCACCAGUCCAUAUAACAAAUGCACGACAUCUACUGCGAGCCUUCAGCUUCAGUGCGCAGACGCUGUUCACCCAGCUCGCUCUAACUCAUGGAUCCUGAGCGGGUGCCAACUGAUUAACCCAGGCCCACUAUGCUCUGCUCCGAGCUCUACAGUUAUGGUUCGCUUGCUCAAUCCUCCGAAACGGAGUGACAGCAACGGAAUGGGUCCCGGCACGUUCAGAGCAGAUGUGGAAGCGUCGUGUUGUACAUGACCCAGCCUUGUAGAUCGACACUGACUGGCGAGCAACAUAUGUACUUCUCUGCCUCUGCGCCCAGUGGUUCACAGGCAGCAUUUGUAAAAUGG